AUGUUAGUGUAUCACGUUGCUGUUACAACACCAACCAAGUUUUAUCAAAAACCAUUUAAGGAUUUGGUGAACUACCUUAUCGCCGGAUAUGACGAUGAAAUGUCCAAAAUCCGGGCCAUUUACCGAUGGAUAACUGGCCAGCCUAUUGAUCACCUUCCACUGGAGAAAAAACCUUCCAAGAGUCAUGUUCUAUUUGAACUGUGGCGUAUAAAAAAUAAAGAAAAAAGUUAUGCUGAGCUUGUUUCUAAGCUAUGCAGAUAUGCGGACAUACCCUGUGUCAUCAUACACGGGGCUGUUAAGGGAUCAACAUACGAGGUUGGAGACCGAAUCGACGAGGUCAAACACUAUGGUGAAUGGAACGCUGUCUUGGUCGACGGACAUUGGCGUUUUAUUAACGCUUAUUGGGGCACAGUCACUCACGAUGUCAUUAAUCCGAAUGGAGAUGACGUCAUCAAAAAUGGCGACUCACCAUUUAGACUGUAUUAUUUAUGUGAUGACCAUUACUUUUUGACUGAUCCUGAUCAAUUUGGUACAACGCAUUUACCAAUGUGUCAAAAAUGGCAGCUAAGAAAAGAUCCUCUAACGCAAACAGAGUUUGAGACCAUGGCAUAUGUAAAGGAUGGAUAUUUUAAUUUGCAUAUACAAACAUUGACUCAUACACAGUGUAUUAUAGUGAGUGAUUCCAACCAGGUGGAACUAAAAUUCGCGAUUCCACAACAGUCGUCAUUGAACAUAGACUUCAAGUGUCGUCUGUUCCUUCUGGAGGAUGGUGUCGAGAAAAGAAAAGACCGGUAUGUGUUCAUCCACCGCACAAACAAUAACAAGACUCUUACUGUGAAGAUACGGCCACCGGAGAGGCACGUGUACAGGUUCGAGCUUUUUGGCAAGGACGUCACAAUCAAGGGAGAUUACUACGACUAUGAUUGGAUAGUGAUUUAUAAAUUAAUUUUUAACGAAGGAAAAUAUGAACGCAAACCGUUUCCACCAUACCCUGCUAUAGGAUGGGGUCCAGGCCGCGUUGCUAUAGAAACGGGAUUGGUUCCCCUCAGUCAUUUAUCUGGUGAGGUGGACAUGGAUGAUUAUGGACGAGCGGAAAUUAAAUUUCGGAUUUCUGACAAGACGAGGAUUGGUGACAUGUUCUUUACAGCAAGGGUAUAUACUGGUGGAGAAACAAUGGAAGAACUUCAAGAUUAUUGCGUUCAUCGAGUUGAAAACGGUGACGUCAUGUUUAACGUCGUGACACCGGAAAAGGGAGAAUUUGUUCUUAAACUGUCUGUUAAAGAUAGCCCUGCUGGUAAUCUGCAAGAAUUUUGUGAAUUUUUACUUAUAUCAAAUCAAAAAGAUGGAAAUGAGAGGUAUCCAAAAGGUUUUCAAGAAAGAAAAGAGAAUAAUGUCAAAUCGGACCUUACGAUCAAGCAAGAAGCGCAAACAGUUGAAAUAACAGAUGAGACAACAGAUAAAAGUAUGGACAAAGCGGACACUGAAGAGCCGAUUGAAAAGUCAGAAAACUUGAAUGAUUUGCUUCGUCAACGCAUGCGCGUAUCGAUAGAAGAAAAUAGUCCGGAAGAAUUAAGUUCGGUUAUAAAGGAUAUGAAGGCACUAGAAGAACCGUCCAUUCAACCGGACAUCAUAUACGGAGAGGAAUCGUUACAAUUGCUUGAGUUAAAGAAAGAGUUACAAGAAAGAAUUCGUGAUAGAGACAUAAAGCUGAUCGAAGCAAGUCUAAAGAAGGUCAAGACCGCAAACGUGGAAGACAAACUUGAAAGAGAGGUUUCUGUAGCAAGGAAUCUACUCCAAAGAUUUAAGAAGCUCCAGUGGUUACUGCAUGCGGUACUAGACUUAGAUCGAUCUACAAUAGCUGAAAUAAGAGGAUACAGUAGUCCACCUAUUAUAGUCCAUGCAGUUAUGAUGUCAACAUUGCUUCUCCUUGGUCAUUGGGCAGAGGAAACCAAGGAAUGGAAAAAUGUACAGAUGGUAUUGGGGAAAACGGGACAUGAGUCAUUGAAGAGGUUGAUAAUAGAGUUUAAGAUUGAGGCAUGCCCCUUGGAAGUUGCCAUUGGAGCUGGAGACUUUCUCCCUGAAUACAGUAUAGACCAGAUUCGUGAAGUCAGUGCAGGAUGUGCUACAUUCUUUGUAUGGGUGAAAGCAGUUGUUGAAGAAGUACAGAAAAGAGCUGGUGACGAAAUUAACAAUAUACGACCUUUGACCACGGGACCACGUAAAAGGUGCAAAAAGAAAAGGAAAAUGACAUUCCUUGAAGACCUGGACAUUACUUCUGCACGAUAGCGUAUAUUUGUGAACUAGUUUGUUUUAGAAAAUAUUAUUUGAUCUUUGAAAAGGCAAAAAAUUCAAGAACUGUUUUGUAUUAACAAGUUAUGAGAAACUUUAAGAAAGUGCAUUACUAUUUACUUUCAGUGAAGAUAAACUAUUCUUUUUUUGGCAAUUUGCAUAAACAUUUUGAGUUCUUUCAUGUACAACUUGGUCACCUAUUUUCUUAAUUGAAAGCAGCCUGUUUUCAAUUCAGACGCUCUAUUAUGUCAAUAAAUAGUGCAGAGAAUU